AGGCUCAAUCGAAAGCUUGGGGUCGAUUUACAUUAGAAAACUGUUUUAAUAUUUCCUCUACAUACACUAUGAGUGAAGAUAUCGUGACACAAAGUCCGAAAUGCCAAAAUUUCAUUUAAGAUACGUCGUCGUUAUUAUCAUUAUUAUUGUAAGCUAUUGGCCUAAAGCGCACACACGGCAACAUACUCGGUGUUCAUUGGGCAUCGCCACCGCGCAUGUCAUCACGCGCGGCGGAAGCAGUCAGCAUGCGCCGCAGCGUGUGCGGCGCAAGCAGUAUUUGUUGAACGACUCACUGAAUAAACAGCAGGAUCGAGGCCUAUUUAAAAUUCGUCGUCGUGUUUGUGAUACAGGAUCAAACUAACGUCACGUAGUCGGGUCGACGCCUGUUGAAUUGCCUGUUUAAUCAUCGACGACAACGGGAUCAUACCGAUGUCAAAUCACCGGAGCGACGCCCAUCUUAUCUUCGACGCACCACCAAGUAUCGUCGGCAUUACUGAUCUUAGCCAUUCAGUUUCUACGUAGCUUUAAGUUUUAUUACGCUUCGCCGUAAUCAACGUCAAGAUUCUAUGGCUCAAGCUUCAAGAUUUCAUUGCUUCCUUUUAUUGGAUUCUGCACACCAAAAUAGUUCACGGAACUUUCCACUGCUGUAUUGGUUUCUACGCGCAAUACAGUGCUCAUAAUGUCGAAGUAAUAACGCCUAAGUGUACCUGAUCGUGCUAUCCGUUUUCGUCUCCCAAUAAUGGAACGUAAGCGCCUUGAAUCAUUAUCUGAAGAUGAGCUUCAACAAGAAGCCAUACGCUUAGGUCUCGAAUCUUUGUCUAAUAGAAAUAAAUGUCUCAACAGGAUCAUAUCCUAUUUGGAAAGGAAUCCUCCUUUCUUGGAUUUAAUGGGGUCUCGAAAUCCACCCCCACCACCAGCAAAUACAUCAACAACAACAGUAAAUCCGCUCAACAUUAAUCCUCAGGUACAAUUUUCAACUUUAAAUCCUCCUUCAACAAGCGAAGGAUCUAUUUUACAAAUUUGUUCACUAAUGCUGGAACAGACAAAACAGCAGAAAGCUUUAAUGCAACAGAUGUUCACUGCAAUGAAUUUAAAUAAUAAUAUUCAAGCUACUUCUCCAGCCGUUGCCAUGAGUCAUCAAAUAUCCAUCGCACGAGCCUCGACUCAAGAUCAAAUGUCCUCUACAGCAUCUGCUUGUAAGGCCCAACCAGUAAAUCUACUGUCUUCAUAUCUCCCCGACUUCUCAGGUACAGAUGAUGAGGAUAUAGAGUCAUGGUCCAUGAAAGAGUGGCUCAAAUUCAUGGUGCCUCCAACAAAAUCUUGUUGGCAGCAACAGAGACGUUAUCAUCAGAUACUUUAGAAGAAGGAUCUUAUUCCACGUGGCCAUGCAAAAUGUAGAGGCCCGUAAAUGGAACUACCUGAAAGAAAGUUUCCAUAGUUAUGCUCUCGACAAACUCGUCUUGAUGAAAAAUAUGAGACUACCAAAGCAGGACUCAAUACGCCUGUUAAUUGACGGCAUUGGGAGCAGAUCAUUAAGAGAAUUGGCAGCAACUCUCCGAGUAUCUACUAUUGAAGAAUUCCUAAAAGAAAUGCAUCGCAUUACCUCAGUUUCAGGAGACAAUUAUAAGAAAUCUCCAACUUUCUCACGCAAAAACAGUUCAACAAAAGCAACUGAAGCAAUCUUCGCCUGCAGACAAGCCUCAAUCUCAAGAAAACUUCUACGUUUAUUAUCGUGCCAGGGAACACACACGAGAUAAAUGCCAAAGAAAAAAAAA